AUGCUUGGAAGAUUAUCUCCAACAUUUGUGAAUAGUAGGAAUAUUUGGUGUGGAGGUUUCGUAGCUCUAGCUGUAGGAAUGGGCAUAUUUGAAUAUAUAAACAGAAUUUUGCAUUCGUAACUUGGUGAAAAUUUAACACUUGGAAUAAGAAAAAAACUUUUUUCUUCAAUGAUUAGUAAGAAUAUAGAAUGGUUUGAUAAAAAGGAGAGAGCCCCUGGUAUUUUGAGUGGGAUGUUUUAAGAGGAUGUAUCUUAACUUAAAGGACUUACCAGUUAAACAUAUGCUUUAAUACUUGAAGCAACAGUAUGCCUUUUAAUUGGCAUUGCCUUAUCAUUUUUAAAUACUUGGAAAAUGGCAUUAGUUACUAGAUCUGUGGUACCAUUUCUCAUACUUGGAGGCAUGGCUGAGUAAAUAAUAUUUUGGAAUUCAGUCAAAAAUUCAACUAAGCAAGUUAAAGAUAAUGAAGAUUAGUUAGAUCCUUAUGAUAGAGCAAAUGCUCUACUCUCAGAUAUCAUAAUAAAUUAUAAAACAGUUAUCAGCCUUGGAGAAAAGAAUGUAGAAUUUUUACUUCAAAAAUAUCAAGCUUUAUUGGAAGAACCAAAGAGAAUAGGUAUCAAGCAAGCUCAUAUUUCUGGAAUAAUCUAUGGAUAUUCUCAGUGCAUAAGAUUUCUCUUCGUUGCAUUUAUAUUCUACCUUUCUUCCAUCUUUAUCUUUAAAUACAAUGAUGAACCAGAGGAUACCUAUGUUGGAGUCUAUACAUUAUUUAUUGCUGCAAUUGGUUCUGGUUCAUUAUUUUCUCAAUUACCGUCAGUUUCUAAGUCAAAAUAGUCAGCCAAUAAGAUAUUUGAGAUCAUAGAAACCCACAAAAAAGUAAAAAAAGAUUAAAGAUAUGGCCAAGUAAUGAACUACCAAUAAAAAUAAAUCAUUUAAUAAGGUGAAAUUGAAUUCAGAAAUUUGAGCUUCAAAUACCCUUCAAGAGACAAGAAAGUUCUGAAUAACUUUUCACUUAAAAUUCCUAUGGGGUGUAAAGUAGCUCUAGUUGGUCAUUCUGGCUCUGGUAAAAGCACAAUCGCAAAUUUAUUGCUAAGACUCUAUGACUAUGAAGAAGGGUCCAUAUUAAUAGAUGGGAACAAUCUAAAAGAUUAUGAUGUGAAAUUGCUUAGGAACUCCAUUGGAUAUGUGAUGUAGGAACCUUUACUAUUUAACAUCUCUAUAAAGGAAAACAUUAUCUAUGGAAACAGUGAGGCUUCAGAUGAUUAAAUAAAAGAAGUUGCAGAGAUGGCAAAUGCUCUUUAAUUUAUAGAUGAUUUUAGCGAAAAUUAAGAGCAUAAUCCUAGCAAGGCAUUUAAGUUACCACAAGAUCAAGUAAUGCACGAAUAAUAGAAUGAAGAUUAAAACAUUGAUACAACUAUACUCUCUUAAGGGUUCAGUAAGAAAUGUGGACUUAAGGGAUCUCUGCUUUCAGGUGGAUAAAAGUAGAGAAUCGCAAUAGCUAGAGCAUUGAUUAAAGAUCCUAAAAUUUUGAUUCUUGAUGAAGCAACAUCUGCUCUUGAUGAAUAAUCUCAAGAAUCUUUUAAUAUUGCUCUUGAAAAAGCUAUGAUUGGUAGGACAAGCAUAGUUAUUGCCCAUAGAUUAAGUACGAUUAGAAAUUGUGAUUGGAUAUGUGUUUUACAUCAUGGAAAAAUGGUAGAAUAAGGAACAUUCUAGGGUUUAUCAGAUGAUGAAGAUUCUUAUUUUUAUAAGUUAAAAUCAGGGAUGGAAAUGUGA